UAGCUGGAUAAAAGCAUGGGAUCGGCAGCUGGAAAGCAUGGCGGGUCAAUCUCGCCUUCUCCAGUUUCCCAGGACAACAACGAAACCAACAUUGAUGACGCCACGGAAAAAGUCGACGGACCAAUUGAUGAUGUCAGAGAUAAGUUUGAUGAUACUUUUUCAAAUGAUAGUGAGGUCAUAAAGAGUGACACUGGGACUGUCAUCUUCGUUUCUCCGGCUCCAGAGCCGAACAAGAUGACGAACGGGAGCAAGAAACCGAAGAAACGGGCGCCUGUUCCGCCUGCGAAUGCCCCUGUAACCAACCCGAACAAUCGAACCAGCACCAAGGAUAAAGUGACAAAGCUACCGUCAAAUUAUCAAAUAUUCCGAACUCAUCCGAGUCCAAAACCGCUUAAGCGCGGUGAUCGUCUCUCAAUACAAACAAUGGAAAGUGCGUUGACGGCUCGAGAUCGGGUCGGGGUUCAAGAUUUUGUUUUGCUGGAAAACUACACGAGUGAGAAUGCAUUCAUCGAGAAUUUGAGAAAAAGAUUUUCUGAGAAGUUGAUCUAUACCUACAUUGGCUCAGUACUGGUGUCAGUUAACCCUUAUCGCCCAUUGAACAUCUACACUCCCUAUCACCAGGAGAAAUAUCAAGGGGUUAACUUCUAUGAAAUGCCUCCCCAUGUAUACGCCAUCUCUGACAAUGCUUAUCGCUCGAUGCGAAACGAGUACCGUGACCAAUGUAUCCUUAUUUCUGGAGAAUCGGGUUCGGGCAAGACAGAAGCAUCAAAGUACAUCCUGCAGUAUCUGAGCAUCUGUAGUUCUAACAAUGAGAAGGUUGAAUAUAUCAAGAGUAGACUGCUGCAGUCUAACCCUGUUUUGGAGGCCUUUGGGAACGCGAAGACUCACAGGAACGACAAUUCCUCAAGGUUUGGGAAAUACAUGGACAUUCAGUUCGACUACAGGGGCGCCCCGAUUGGUGGACACAUUUUGAAUUAUCUGCUCGAGAAAUCCAGAGUGGUCCACCAAGCGCAAGGUGAGAGAAACUUCCAUAUUUUCUACCAACUGUUGGAAGGAGCCGACGAUGAACUGAUGUCCAGAAUGAGACUGAAACGAAAUCCUGACAACUAUCACUAUCUGGCUCAGGGCAAAUGUGCGAAGGUUUCCUCCAUCAAUGACAAAAACGAUUUCCUCACAAUCAAGAAAGCUCUGAAAGUCCUGAGUUUCUCUGAUGAACAAGUCACUGCUUUGUUCUACAUUGUAGCGAGUGUCUUGCAUCUUGGAAACAUCAACUUCACAGACUCGGGUGGACGAGCUAAUAUCGCCAAGGAAUCAAUGGCCGAUGUACAAACUGUUGCUGCUCUUUUGGACUGUGAAGCCGCUCAACUGGAAAAAGCGCUGACUCAUCGAACCAUUGAAGCAAAUCGUGAGAAGAUGUGUUCGCCUCUCAAUGUAGAUCAAGCCGUCUAUGCUCGUGAUGCUCUGGCUAAAGCCGUCUAUGGGAGAAUGUUUGACUGGCUCGUUCACACCAUCAAUGAAUCUCUCUCUGUGCAGAACCAAGUGAGACGCAGUUUGAUCGGCCUUCUUGACAUCUAUGGCUUUGAGAUCUUUCAGAAGAAUAGUUUCGAACAAUUCUGCAUCAAUUACUGCAACGAGAAACUUCAGCAACUUUUCAUUGAGUUGACUCUCAAACAGGAACAAGAGGAAUACAGAGCUGAGGGGAUUGCUUGGGAACCGGUUGAAUAUUUCAACAAUAAAAUCAUCUGUGAUUUAGUGGAGGAAAGACACAAAGGAAUCAUUGACAUCAUGGAUGAGGAAUGCCUGAGACCUGGUGAUCCAACCGACCAAACUUUCCUGAAGAAAUUGGAAGAAACUGUGGGAGAACAUCCGCAUUUUAUAACGCACGCCCUCGGAGAUUCAAAGCUGAGAAAAACCAUUCAAUAUGAUGAAUUCAGGAUGAUUCAUUACGCAGGAGAUGUUACUUAUGGAGUUGAAGGAUUCCUUGACAAGAACAACGACCUGCUUUUCCGUGAUUUGAAGGAAACAAUGUCUGAGGCCUCAAACACCGUUAUCAAGAAUACUUUCCUGAAAUCUGAACUUACAAAGUUGAAACGCCCCGAAACGGUUGGAACACAGUUCCGAUCAAGUCUGAACAAAUUGAUGGAGAUUUUGAUGUCGAAGGAGCCUUCCUACGUCAGAUGCAUCAAACCCAACGAUACAAAGCAACCAGAUCGUUUUGAAGAAACUCUGGUUCGCCACCAGGUCAAAUAUCUUGGACUGAUGGAAAACCUGAGAGUCAGACGAGCCGGCUUCGCUUAUAGAAGAACUCAUGAUGUUUUCGUCAAGAGGUAUAAAUCUCUCUGCCCUGACACUUGGCCACACUACCGCGGGUCUGCGAAGGACGGCGUCCAAACUCUUUGCCAGUAUUUGCAAUACAAGGAAGAUGAAUACAGAGUCGGAAAAACUAAGAUUUUUAUCAGAUUCCCAAAGACUUUGUUCGCAACGGAGGACGCCUUCCAGCUCCGCAAGCAUGAGCUAGCAGCUUUGAUGCAGGCAACAUGGAGAGGGUUCCGACAGUGGAAGCUUUUUCAUCGUAUGCGAAACGCCGUAACAACGAUCAGUUCUCAGUGGAAGAGAGUUCAGGCUCAACGACUAAAAGAGAAGAGAAAGAAAGCUGUAGAAGUUGUCAGAAAGUUCAUCAUCGGCUUCAUCAACCGUGGCAAACCCCGCUGCCCAGAAAACGCAAAUUUCUUGGAUUACGUUCGCAUUUCGUACUUGCAUCGUUGCCGAGAUAAAUUACCAAAGAAUGUUUUGGACAAAUCAUGGCCGACUCCACCUGCUGCUCUCACUGAGACGGCUGAACUUCUUCAGCGUUUGAACAUGCAGAACAUGACACGACGCUACGUGAAACGUACAACACCUGAGAAGAAACGUGCGAUGGAAGAGAAAGUUGUUGCGUCAGAAUUGUUCAGAGAUAAGAAGGAAUCGUACGAAGAUAGCUUGAAGAGACCAUUCACUGAUAAGAGAUUAACUGAGCCAAUGAAACCUAAGAUGAUGGCCAUGAUUGAGGGAGGCGAAAAAGUCGCUUAUUCAUGCCACGUCACGAAGUAUGAUCGCCACGGUUACCACGCUCGGGAACGAGUCCUCGCAAUAACGUCGAAGUCAAGUUAUCUCUUUGAUUCUAAAGAUGGAAAAUUAAAACAGAAGAUCGGACACGAUAUACUAACAGGCAUAUCAAUCAGCAACUUAUCCGAUGACCUAUUUGUCCUUCACGCUCCAGUGGAGAACAAAGAGAAAGGUGACAUGAUCGUACGAAGUGAAUAUUCUAUCGAGGCCGUUACGAAGAUUGCGAUUCUCUCCGGAAAGAAAUCCGAAGUCAAGAUUGUCACUAAAAACCUUGCUCAUGAGAUGGCAGGAGGGAAGCAGGGACAGAUAGAAUUCAUAGUUGGUCCUGAACCUUCAAUCACGAAAGCAAAGAGCGGAAACUUGAUUGUGGUUUCUACUGGGAGAUCAAGAUGAGAAAAUUAAUGUAAAAUAUAUUAUAAUGCAGUAUAUGACAUCACCAAAGCUAUGACAUCAUGCACAAGCCUGGAAAACUUGUAUUUUCAAUACAACACUAAACGAAUCUUCGCCAUUAAUCCAAUUUUCAUUGAUUUUGGAUUACUCCAUAAUCGACGUAUCAGGAAAUACGAUAAUUGAUAAGAGCUGAUAGCAGAAUCAAGAGAGCAUUGAUACCUUUAAAUAAGGCACUGAAUCUCACUUAGGUCUUUGGAAUUUUAAAUCUUGAAUUGUUUAUUUGCAAUUAUAUUACUUUUUGAAUUCAAGUAAUUUCCUAAUAGCAGCCUAUUUCAUGUUGAAGAUGCUUGCAAUAAAUCAAAAUAACUAGCAAACCCAUUUACUUUUACAAAAUUUGAAAAUAUGAUUUCCAAACACAGUAUAUUUUUACUUUUAUAGUUUUUGAAAAUUGUCCGAACUGUUAGCUUUUAAAAACUAAUUUUUAAAAAUAUUCCGUCCAACCUUUAUAUAUGUUUUUCGUGAACCCACUAAUUCACGUCUAUAUACAUUGAAAUGCCUCAUAGAAUGGUUUUGUUUAUGAUUUCCAGUUGCUUUAGUUUUAAAAAAUGAAUCACCAAAAUUCGCAUAUAUCUGGAAUAACUGCUCAACUACUCCCACACCUGGCCUCAAAACAGGGCAAGAGGUAAUGGUUUAUUACAUGAGCCAGGUCAAUCUGCCCACGCCCUCCCCCUCCAGAUAAAUAUUAAUAAUCCUAUUUUGACCUAGAAUUGAUCUGAAAACAUUAACUAGCCCUCCAGACUACCCUUUUUAGCCUACCCAAGUAGUGUUACCAGAUUUUUUAAUUCAUUUAUAAUUUUAUCAAAUAUUUUAUAUUCUGUAAAUACUAAAUAAUGUUACUGAUAUGCUGUUAAUUUUUGCUGUAGCACUGCAGGUGUUUUGCUUUUUUGUUUAUCACAGCUUUGUACAUUAUAUGAGGGGUCGGUUUGACAUUAUUGCUUUCUAUGAAAUAGCAAGUAUAUUUGUGAGCUUUCAAUACAGCAUAGACUAACUUCUCAUGGCUGAAGACCAGUAUAAAUUGUGCAUUGACUAGGGCUGGGCCAAGGACAUAAAUCUGAAAACAUCACUCAUUCAGUUUUGCUGAUCAGUAAGAAAUAUUGCGCACCCACGUACCGCCCCAAAUUCCAACCAGCUGCUGACUGCAUUUUGAAAAAUUCUAAAAUCUGGCUUUGACGGAUUCAAAUUAUUGUCCUUUGGCAAACAACAAGAUGGGGACGAUUCGGAGUUUCCGUUUGAACCUGCCCAGCCUUUGCAUUGACUUACUGCGAAUAAGCAACUGCUUGCUAUGUGAUAUUCUUAUCGCCACCCACUAAAUCGAUUUGUUUGAUGAAUCCCAUUAUGUAUUCGUGAUUUAAAGUUUCAUCUUUUUUUUACUUUGCUAAUUGCAAUCAGAGACACAAUCAAGUAGCAAGU